GAUUUGAGGAGUUGGAGACGAAUGAUUUCAGCAGAAAUAGGGUGAAACAUGGAGUCCAACGGUCUGGAGGACAAGGAUGUGGGGCCGGAGGUGCAGAUCAGCUUCCCCGAGUCCGUGACGAGCCGCAUCGAGGAGCUCAUGGGCGGCACGGAACAGUUCGAUAGCGAAGAGUUUGACGCCGUGUCCUACAUCAACCGAGUGUUCCCAACGGAGCAGUCGCUGGCAGGAGUAGACAGUGCAGCGGCGCGCUGUGAGAUGCGGCUGGCGGGCGUGGAGGCCGACAUCAGGCGCCUCGUGAGAGACCAGGCGCAGCAGCGGCAGGACGGCCAUGACGCGCUGUUGCAGGCUCAGCAAUGUAUUGCUGACUUAGCUUUACAGGUGACAGACAUCAACAAGAAAGCGGGUCGCAGCGAGAGCAUGGUGCGCGAGAUCACCGCCGAGAUCAAGCAGCUGGACCGCGCCAAGAGCAACCUGACGGCCGCCAUCACCGCGCUCAACCACUACCACAUGCUGUGCGGCGCGGCCGCCUCGCUCCGCGCCAUGGCCUCGCAGAGGCAGUACAGCGCCUUGUUGCCACCUUUGCAAGCUGUCAUGCAGGUACUAGAGCACUUCGAGCGCUACCGCGACAUCCGCUCCCUGAGCGCGCUGCGCGAUGACGUCACGGCGCUGCGGCACUCCCUCGCCGCGCAGAUACUAGCCGACUUCAAGGAGGCCUUCACAGCUGGUAAAGCGAGCACAGUGUCCGCUAAAACUCUGAGUGAAGCGUGCGGCGUGGUGGACGCGCUAGAGCCUAAAGUCAAGCGUGAGCUGCUCACGUGGUUCACUACUAUGCAGUUGCAGGAAUACGAGCACCUGUUCUCGGCGGAGCAGGAAUGCGCGUGGCUCACACACAUCGAGCGCCGCUACGCGUGGCUCAAGCGACAUCUGUUGGCCUUCGAAGAUGGCGCCGGGAACGUGUUCCCGAGGUCGUGGAGGCUUAGCGAGAGAAUCACUACGCACUUUUGUGAGGUGACGAAAACCCAACUGACGGCGUUGCUGGCGGCGCGACGGAGCGAGCUCGACGUGAAGCUGCUUCUCUACGCCAUACAGAAGACGUAUGCCUUCGAGUUAUUGCUGCACAAGAGGUUCCAAGAUGAUGGGGCGGCGUUGCCCGACGGCGCGGAGCUCCACGUGGACCCUCAGGCCGUGUUCGACGCUGACGCCAAAGACCCCGGGACUAUGGGAGGAGCCGCGCGGCCCGGCGGGCCGUGGGUCGGCAUCAUCGGAGCCUGCUUCGAGCCCUACCUGUCCAUCUACAUCAGCAGCCUCGACUCCAACCUGGCCUCGCUCAUGGACAGGUUCAUACAGGACGCUCGGGCGCCGGCGGCGCCGGCGGGGCGGGCGGGGGAGGCGGGCGCCGUGCUGGCGUCGUGCGCCGACCUGUUUCUCUUCUACAAGAAGUGCCUCGUGCAGUGCGCGCACCUCACCACCGGGGAACCCAUGCUGGAGCUGGCGGGCGUGUUCCAGAAGUACCUCCGCUCGUACGCCGGCGCCGUGCUGCGCGCUGCGCUGCCGCGCGCCGCCGCCGCCACUACCGCGCUCACGCUCGUUGCCAACUUACAGACGUUGGCUACCAACCAGCCGGCCACCACGCAGCGGUACAGUGCGGCGGAGAUAUCUCGCGUGACGUCCGUGAUCACCACGGCGGAGUACUGCCUCGAGACCACCGUCCACCUGCAGCAGAAGCUCAAGGAGAAGGUGGUCCCCCGCCUCGCCGAGCGCAUCGACCUGACUCCGGAGCAGGAGCUGUUCCACGCCCUCAUCGGGGACUGCAUCGCCGCGCUGGUGGCCGAGCUGGAAGCCGCCUGUGAACCCGCUCUGCAGGCCAUGGCGCGCGCCCCUUGGAUGCACGUGCAGACGGUGGGCGACCAGAGCACGUACGUGACGCAGGUCAUCAUGCACUUCAAGAACACCGUGCCCACGCUCAGGGACAACCUGGCCUCUUCAAGAAAGUACUUCACGCAGUUCUGUAUAAGAUUCGCGAACUCGUUUAUCCCGAAGUUCAUCCAGAACAUAUACAAGUGCAAGCCGAUCUCGACGGCGGGCGCCGAGCAGCUGCUGCUCGACACGCACAUGCUCAAGACCGCCUUGCUGGACUUGCCCUCCAUAGGGUCUGAAGUAAAGCGUCCCGCGCCCGCCACGUACACCAAGGUGGUGAUCAAGCUGAUGACGAAGGCGGAGAUGAUCCUCAAGCUGGUGAUGGCGCCGCUGGAGGGGGCGGGAGGGGGGGAGGCCUUCGUGGCGCAGUUCGUGCAGCUGCUGCAGGACGCCACGCUGCAGGACUUCCACAAGGUCCUGGACAUGAAGGGCGCUCGGCUGGGCAAGGCGCAGCUCUGCGCGCUGGACGCUCUGUUCAAGCAGGCGGCGAGGAGCGACGGCAAUUAGAUAUACUUUAAUGUAAACCUUAUU